CCAAACCCCGAACCAUGCUCUAAUGAACUGAGCUAUCCAGGUUGACUUGCCCAAAACCCCGUAGAGCCACUACCAAUGAUUGUGGGCAGCACUGAGCUAGCUGACCCCGGUGGUCUGCCUCUCUUGUGAAGGCAGCUUCCGAUAUUCCUCCAAGUCAACCUGUAGGAUUUAAGCCAGCCUUUUCCCAGGUUUGGCUGAGCGGUUGACCUGAAUGCGAUGCGCAGGCGUUCCAGCCCGCGACUCUGCUUUUGGUCUUGUGGUUUGAUGAGAGGGCUGCGUCCGAGCCUGGCUGCCGGAUGCUGGGUUUGGUGACUCACAUAGGGGAACAGGAAGCAAGAGGUCUGCUCACUGUCUCUGUGAGCGAGUGACCACAUUGAGGUCAGCUCUUUCUGCAGAGAAGAGUGAGCAAGGGGAGAUGGCCGGAGGGGAAAGGAUCAGCUGCAGCUCCUGAGAACAACUGGAGCCAGAAGGUUGUAGUUGCGGCAAGAUCGAGCUAUGAGCCAAGUGGAGCUGAUCUGGGGCGCCUUCUCCUUGAUGUUCUUAGGAGCUUUGGUCAGCAUGUGCAUGAAAUGCCAGCGGACAGGAGGGAGACAGGAGCAGACAGGCCUGGACAGUCAGAGGAAUCAUUAUGGAGAGCAGCAAAGGUUUGAGGCGGUCCGCUCCCAUUCGAUGUCAAGACAUGACUGUCCAAAAAUCCCAUGUGACAUGCCAGGACGAAGCACAAGAAGCAAACAUCCGCCCCUUCCAAGUCACCUUCAAGCCUGCCCUGAGCCCAGGUAUCAAAAUAUUGAAAAAGUGCUGCAGAUGGAGCAAGAUCCUGCAUAUGUCAAACCAAUCGCUGCAGAUAUUUAUUACAACUGUGGGAAUUUCGUAAGGCAAUCCAGUGAUGAAGAUGCCUACUCUUAUCAAAACGUGGCUGGCCCAUCGAGAAGCAGUGGGCUUGUCUUGGCAGAUGUGGAUGUCUAUGAAAACAGCACAACGAUCCAGAUAUGGAAGCACUCGCAGAUCGCAGGUGAACUAUGGGCUGCAAAUUCUCUUAGAAAUCAUCUACAAUCUCAAUUCUUUGAAUAUAUGAUGCAUGUCAUGUGUGACUUGGCUAACUUUCUUGAGCUAUCUGCUCUGCACAUAAAGCAUUUUCCUGCUUUCUAGCUGUGGAACAGAUUGCAUUGAUGUACCAGCCCGUAACAGUAAGCCCUGAUAGCAAAAGCCAGAUUUUUGUUUUUCCCCUUCUGAAAGAUGAACUAAAUUUGCAUCUGUGCAUUUAAAUUAGUACAUGCAAAUUUUAGGCAAAUUUGUCCCUGUGCCCUGAGUCCUUGGCGAUGCCCCUUCCCUCUUCCUUCCACACAAGUGCAAGGAGUUCAGAAGCUUCCACUUUGGGCUAACCAUGGUUUUAUGUUGUCUAGACCCAACCAUGGUUAGCAUUUAUUGUUUGUUUCAAACAAGCCAAAGCUGGCUCAUUUAAACCACUUUUGUUAGUGUUAGCCUUCAUUUCGGGUCUGGGCAACAUGGCAAGUUGGGGUUAACUAAAAGUUUAUGAAUUCCUUCUCAUUGCUGUAUGGCUUGUUUGCAUUGUACUGAACUACGGUUUAGCUUGAUGGUUGAAGUCAGCUAUUGCAUCUAUAGGACUCAAAUGUCUGGGAAGUUUUCCUAGGAUGAACACGAUAAACUUCAGCAGAAUGAAG